AUGCCUGGCCCAAAGUCACCGGUCGAACGGAGGAAAGAGACACAACCGAUUCUAACAGAUGUGGAGCAGGUGGAACACAACGGCCACAUAGUUGAUAGAACGAUCAAGACGGUGAAGGGCGGCUGGAGGCAAGACCUGUCAAGCAUCAUCUUGCUUCUGGUCCUGUACACUCUCCAAGGGAUACCGAUGGGCCUCAGCGGGAGCAUUCCCUUCUUGCUUGUAGACAAGGUGUCUUACUCGGAGCAGGCAGUCUUCAGUCUGGUGUCAACACCCUUUAGCCUGAAGUUGCUUUGGGCCCCACUGGUUGACUCGCUGUACUUCCCGUCCUUCGGCCGGCGAAAGUCAUGGUUGGUGCCUGCCCAGCUCCUUUGCGGAGGAAUGAUGCUCUUGGCCCGGAGCGUGAUGGAUGAGUGGACCGGGGAAGACGGGGGGGUACCGUACGUCAAGACGUUGACGGCUUACUUUUUAGCUUUAUACUUCAUCAUGGCAACUCAGGACAUUGCUGUGGAUGGAUGGGCUCUAACGAUGCUUUCUCGCGAAAAUGUGGGGUUCGCAUCGACGUGCAACACCAUCGGGCAAACGCUGGGUUUCUUCAUUUCUCAAGUGGGCUUCCUUGCUCUAUAUGACCCUGGCGUGUGCAACAAGUACUUUCGAUCUGAACCAUCAGAUGUAGGAAUCGUCACCCUUUCCACCUUCCUACAAUUUUGGGGUGCGGUGUUUCUGGCGACAACGAUUUGGUUGUGCUUAUUCAAGCCCGAGGUCGAAAACGGAGUCACCGACGAGACUUUGGGACUGGUUGACACUUACAAGCAGCUGUACAAGUGUGUGCAACUGCCGUCGGUGAGGUCCUUCUCUUCGGUACUUCUCACGUGCCGCAUAGCGUUUGCCGUCACCGAUGCUGCGACUUCCCUGAAGCUUGUCGAAUACGGCAUGCCCAAGGAAGAAAUCGCAAUGCUGUCGCCAAUCCUUGUCGCCCUUGGGAUGAUGAUUCCAGUCGCGGUUGGCCGUAUCACGGCCGGUUCCAGGCCCAUGACAGUCUUUCUAUGGGGAUAUCCGCUAAGGAUCGCCGUCACUCUCAUGUACCUAGUGGUGCUGCCGUUGUCAAGGAAAGUGUACAUGAUGCCUGGCGGCGACAGCGAAGAGGAAGAAGGGGACGACACCGGCGGCGGUGACACUGCGAAGUUCUUCGGGUGGCUCAUAACUGCAGUUGUAUUACACGAAGUUGCUAUGAACUGCAUGUUCGUGUCCCAGAUGGCGUUUUGCUCUCGUGUCAGCGAUCCAGUUAUUGGCGGGACCUACAUGACGCUUUUGAAUACAAUCGGCAACGUGGGAGGGAGAUGGCCCAACUCUUUGUCCUUGUAUUUGCUGGAAAAGCUCACCUUCAGCCACUGCGUAACUGAGGUCGGAGACAUUGUGGAGGCAGCCUCUUGUGCCACGGAUGACGGGAAGCAACUUUGCACGGGAGCUGAAGGAUCCUGCGUUGCCUGGUUAGAUGGAUACACUGUGCAGGCCUGGGGCUGCUCUCUCAUCGGCUUGAUCUGGCUGGGAUUUUUCGCACGCCGGGUACAGCGAAUGCAGGACCUCCCGGCACAGGCUUGGAUCGUGUCGACCAAAUCUAACUGAUCCCACAAUGGAUUCUCCACGAUGCGAGAUACUAAGUCACAUUUUUAUUCACAACGGAUACAAUAUCCCUAGCAGGCUGGAAAACUUUUGGAAGAGAUCUCGUCCAUCCAGCUUGUCCCAUUCUGCUACAUUCACUUCCAGGGUAGCAGCGGUGGUGCUCGAUGUUUCUGAAGGCCGUGCUGGGGUGGUGUCUGUCAAAAAACCAGCCUUGCCUUCAUUUCGGGGACCUUGCCCGUUUGGUGUACAUCCCGAGGUUGACCAGCUGCUGCACGCGAUCUGAACUCCCGCCCCUUGGACAUAAACCCGGACCUCGCAGCUGCUUCCACGGGGUUCCUCCGUAGAUUUGGGACCG